AUGAAGCGGUCUCAUAUCUCCUGCGCCUCCCUUGUUACCCUGUUCUCUGCCUUCGCCCACCCUCACGCAGCUGCUCUACAGAAGCGUGACCUGGUAGCGCCAGCUGGCUUCGGCAAUGGCUGGAAAUAUCAGGGUUGUUUCGUGGACGUUGGCCGAACGAUUGACCAGGCUGGCACGGUGGACGUGAAGAUGACGAAUGAAGAAUGCGUCCAGUAUUGUUUUGGGAAAGGAUUCCCUUAUGCAGGAACAGAGUACCACAGUCAAUGUUUCUGCGGCCAAAAGCUCGCCACCGGCGGCAUCAAGGCUGCCGAUGGUGACUGCAGCACAUCGUGUGGCGGGAACUCAACCCAGCCUUGCGGUGGACCUGAUCGACUCACCUUGUAUUAUUCGAGCCAAGUCAAGGUCCCGACGGUGAACCCCGGAGCCGAUGGCUGGGCCUCGAUUGGCUGUUACUCCGAAGGGACUACGGGCCGAGCGUUGGCGCAAGGAAUUAAUGCAGUACCUGGCGCCCAGAUGACGGUGUCCAAGUGCACGGCAGCAUGCAAAGCAUCCGGCUACGUCAUCGCCGGUGUCGAAUACGGAGGCGAGUGUUACUGCGGCAACACCAUCGCCAAUGGCGGAAAGCCAACCAACAGCGGCUGCAACAUGCCUUGCAACGGCAACAGCUCCGAGUAUUGUGGCGGCGCCGGUCGCCUAUCCAUGUACAGCUACAGAUUGGGAGGUGGAGGUGGAAUUGAUCCCGGCACCAGUUCCACCACGUCCAGUGUUGAACCUUCCACGACAGAGACUCCCCCUGAGCAGACUGGCUUCCCUCCGGGAUGGUCAUACUACGGCUGCUGGGUCGAUGGAGCCAACGGCCGUAUCCUCAGCUACCAGACACCCAACGAUCCGAAGCGAACCCUUCAAUCCUGUGUCAAGACUUGUGCUGAUCAAGGAUAUACCAUUGCCGGUGCCGAAUACUUCACACAGUGCUUCUGUGGCAAGCAAAUCAUUAACAACGGCGUCAAGGCCAAGUCCGAGUCUGAGUGCAGCACCUCCUGUGGCGGUGACGCCAAGCAGAAGUGCGGUGGUCCCGGCCGGAUGAGCAUCAUGUCCAUGGGUCAACCCCAGGUCGUCGGUCCGCCGCAGAUCGUCCCCAAUGUCAGCGAUUGGGCGUAUCAGGGAUGCUUCCAGGACAACAUCAACCAAAAACGGACCUUUUUUUGGCAAAACAUCUUCAACAACAACGACAUGACCCCCGAGGCGUGUGUUAAGAAGUGCGGCGACUUUGGCUAUAUGGCCGCUGGCCUCGAGUACGGGAGGGAAUGCUACUGCGGCGACCCGGCCAACAUCAAGACGGCCGGAGCCGAAAAGGUCAGCGACAAGGAGUGCAACAUUCCCUGCUCGGGAAAUGCCUCCGCUCUCUGCGGCGGCGGGAGUCGGCUGACGACGUAUUUCUGGAAAGGCGAUCCGUUCUACUCAUGGUCAUUUCCCGAAAUGGGCACCCCGGAAGCCGGCUCCUACGACUUUCUUAUCGGCGGUGUCUGCAUUCCUCUCGUGACCUCGCAAGCCAUCAACGGUAAGGUGACGUUCCUGGAGAAAUGGGGUACCGGUCCUCCCAAUUCCACAGGAGCCUACGAGCUAGAUCUUUCCUUGGUCGACAACUUCAAGGCCGCAUGGCGCACCAUGCAUGUCAAGACUGACAUCUUCUGCUCCGGCGGUGUCACUCUCCCAGACAAGGCUGGCCGCCAGCUCACAGUGGGUGGCUGGUCUGGGGAAUCAACGUUUGGCAUUCGCAUGUACACACCCGAUGGGUCCCCCGGUGUGCCGGGCAGGAAUGACUGGGAAGAGAACGUCAACGUGCUGAAACUCCAGGAUGGGCGCUGGUAUCCCUCCACAAUGAACAUGGCCAACGGCUCGAUACUUGUCAUCGGCGGCGAGGAAGGCUCCAACGGCGCCCCCGUGCCGACGCUGGAAAUCCUGCCACCAACCGGUACGAAACCGCUUUUCAUGGAUUGGUUGCAGCGCACCAAUCCCAACAACCUAUACCCCUUCGUUUGCGUCCUUCCCUCGGGGGGGAUAUUCGUCUCUUACUGGAACGAAGCCCGGAUCUUGGAUGAGAACACCUUCGCGACCAUCAAAACCUUGCCCAACAUUCCCGGGGCUGUAAACGACCCCAAGGGUGGCCGCACCUACCCUCUCGAAGGGACUGCCGUUCUGCUCCCUCAGCGAGCGCCGUACCGUGAUCCUCUCGGCAUCCUCAUCUGCGGUGGCUCGACAGAAGGCCCCGCCAACGCCCUGGACAACUGCGUAAGCAUCUACCCCGAUGCACCCAACCCGAAGUGGACUCUGGAGCGCAUGCCCUCUCAGCGCGUCAUGUCUUGCAUCGCGCCUCUGCCCGACGGCACCUACCUCAUACUGAACGGCGCUCGCCACGGAGUCGCCGGCUUCGGCCUGGGCAAGAAUCCGAACCUCAACGCGCUGCUGUACGAUCCUUCCAAGGCGGUUGGCCAUCGCAUCACCGUCAUGGCCAACACGACCGUUGCUCGCAUGUACCACUCGGAGGCUAUCACCCUCCUCGACGGUCGCGUCCUCGUCUCGGGCUCCGAUCCCCAGGAUGGCAUCAAUCCUCAGGAGUAUCGGGUCGAGACAUUUACGCCGCCGUAUCUCCUCAAGAAUAAGCCUCGCCCUACUUUCAAUUUGUCCUCGACAGACUGGUCCUACGGACAGAAGGUGACGUUGACGGUGGGCAACGCGGCAGGCAAAGGACUGAUCACGGCGUCGCUGCUUGGCUCCGUGUCGAGCACUCAUGGCAACUCGAUGGGGGCGCGCACGCUUUUCCCCGAAAUAUCCUGCGUCGGUGUGACUUGCACAGUGACGGCGCCACCAGGAAAGUACAUCGCUCCGCCCGGAUGGUAUCAGUUCUUUGUCUUGAACGACGGCAUCCCUGCCGUUGGUAGGUUCGUCCGAAUCGGUGGCGACCCCGCCGGGGUUGGCAACUGGCCCAAGGGCAACGGUUUCACUCCACCUGGGAUAUAG